UUGAAACAACUUCGAGUUUAAACCAAGAACGCAUCCUCUCUCACACAUUUCGCCUCUGAAGUGAAACUUCUGAAAACUUUUUUUUUUCUUUUUCCCUCCCCUGCCUUUGUACCGGAGCAUUUAUAGUGUGGAGAGUAAAUGAUUAGGAACGAGUUGCGCUUAUGCUUGCCAGCAUCAACUCUCGAGUCUUUGCUGACUGACUGCAGGUUUCUUUACUUACGACUCCGUUUCCCUCAUAACGAGCCUUCUGAGUUCGUCUUUUCCGCAGCGAGAGGUGGGGACUUCUGUGCUCUAUCCAUCCUGAUCGCACACUACCAAACUUUCCAUUUACUUCCACCUGUUGCACAUUGCUACUGGUACCGGUGCGCCAGAACUGGAAAGGUGACGAAGACUUGAGCGGAUCAGCACGAACCAACCAGGCUGGCUGUUAAAGGAGCGUGUUCUUGAUGCAGUUACUGAAGGGCAAGACCGGCCACGAAAAGGAUCUCGCCAAGGCCAAGUUACAUUUACCGGAGGUGGAAUUUGUACUUUUUUUUCGAAGAGAAAUUCCUACUUGUGAGUUUUUGAAGAGUCGCCCGGCGAACAUCGCGCAGACGAGUCGCUCAGCUUCAUCGCGCAGACCCCGAUCCAGAAGUUGGAGAGAGUUUGUGAAGUUGGAGAGAGUUUCUGAAAGCUGUGCAGAGCACGAAGGUUUCGUGACAUCCACAACCAAAGGACCGCUCUCACACUGCCAUUUGCUGGACGUAAAGGGAUGGAUGCAAGAACGACCCGGGGACCGAGCACCUACACCGGCGUGCACUUAAUACUGGUAGUCUCGCUCUUCUGCUGCAACUCCCAGCUACUGGUGGAUGCCAAUUCAUGGUGGUCACUGGCAAUGAACCCCUUCCAGAGACCGGAGAUGUACAUCAUAGGAGCCCAGCCUCUGUGCAGCCAGCUGACGGGACUGUCCCAGGGCCAGCGGAAGCUCUGUCAGCUCUACCAGGACCAUAUGGUCUACAUUGGAGAAGGGGCGAAAACGGGCAUCAAGGAGUGCCAGUACCAGUUCCGACAGAGACGGUGGAACUGCAGCACCGUGGAUAACACGUCCGUCUUCGGCCGCGUCAUGCAAAUCGGCAGCAGAGAAACUGCGUUCACCUACGGCAUCAGUGCUGCGGGCGUGGUCCACGCCGUGAGCCGGGCGUGCCGAGAGGGCGAGCUGUCCACGUGCGGCUGCAGCCGGGCAGCUCGUCCCCGGGACCUGCCCCGGGACUGGCUGUGGGGCGGUUGCGGAGACAACGUCAACUACGGCUACCGCUUCGCCAGGGAGUUUGUAGACGCGAGAGAGCGGGAGAAGAACUACCCACGAGGCUCAAUAGAGCAUGCGCGCAUGCUUAUGAACCUGCAGAACAAUGAAGCUGGCCGAAUGGCGGUGUACAACCUGGCCAACGUGGCGUGUAAGUGCCACGGUGUUUCGGGCUCCUGCAGCCUGAAGACGUGCUGGCUGCAGCUGGCCGACUUCCGGCGCGUGGGCGAGUUCCUCAAGGAAAAGUACGAUAGCGCGGCGGCCAUGCGCAUGAACCGGCGCGGCAAGCUGGAGCAGGUGAACAACCGCUUCAACCCGCCCACGACCGAUGACCUGGUGUACAUCGACCCCAGCCCGGACUACUGCCUGCGCAACGAGACCACGGGCUCGCUGGGCACGCAUGGACGCCUGUGCAACAAGACCUCAGAGGGCAUGGACGGCUGCGAGCUCAUGUGCUGCGGACGCGGCUACGAUCAGUUCAAGACCUACAAGCACGAGCGCUGCCACUGCAAGUUCCACUGGUGCUGCUACGUCAAGUGCAAGCGCUGCACCUCGCUGGUCGACCAGUUCGUCUGCAAGUAGCAGUUCCCGGCUACACGCCGAGCGCCGGCCUGUGCGGCCCAGGGGACAAACUGAGCAGUCAGCAGGCGGGGGGGAGUGGUCGGGACUUUCCUGGACUCCGAGAAGAAGAAAAAAAAAAGACUGGACGAAAUAUCAUAAAACGGUGAUUAAAAAUAUAUAAAUAUAUAUAUAAAUAAAUUUGAAGUAUAUAAUUAAUAAUAAAUGUGUGGUGGAUGGUAAUUUAAUGACGCACACAAAAAAAGUCAAGCCACGAGCCGAAGAUUAGAAGAUUUAGUGUUGUGUUUUUUGCUUGUCCCUUUCCCUCUUGCUGGCGUCUCGGCCGAUUUGAUGAGCGGCGUGAUGCGGAGCUCUGCUCUCUGCGAUUCUCUCUCCAGAAACAGGAGAGGAGCGCUCAGCCUUAUCGCGUUAACACUGCAGGAAGCCCCACCUGCUCGCCUCCCUGACGUUUGCUCCACCUCUCCUGUAGCAGAGCUCUUAAAAUCCUUGCAACGCUCAGUGAUCUCAUGUGAGCGUGGGGAAUGUUGGAACUGUGGACGCGCGGUGACAUCAUGUUGAUCUGUCAAGGGUGCGUUGCUAAGCCUCUCAUGGUCCCGAACGUCGAAACGCUGCCUGACUCUGUUUAAUCUAACGCUGGCUCCCAGAUUAUUGGAUUCGCUGAAAGCCCUUUGACUGAGAAAUUUGUGCAAGAGAGCCACUGAGAGUUUAACAAAUGAACUGCUUACAUCAGAAGGAAAUAAUCCAGCCAGUAGACUUCCUUAUUCGGGUGUAUUAUGGAAAGGUCAGAAGCAUCUUAGGGAAACGUUGACCUUCUCGUAUUUAAAAUGACCACUAGGCUCGGGACUUGAUGUAAACCAGCGCUUAGCUUGGCUCACUAGUAUGCGUUUUAAGAUGUCUGAGUCCUUCGGGGCCUUGCUGGCAUCCGCCUGAGGACGUCUGUCUCGUCCUGGGGUUGAUGUCCAAUGACUGUCAAGCUGAUUUUCACAACCACAAUGGCUCAAUACAUGAGCUUCACAGUAAUGGCUGUGAGUCUGGAGACUUUGAAGAGAGGAAACAAAUAAAGCAACAUUGUAAGGACUACAAAAAAAAAACCAAACUUAGUCAAAUAAUAGUGGUUGAGAUUCUAUUUUAUUAAUUUGCUUCUUAUGUUAUACAUCAUAUGUAUCUGAAUAUUAUUUUUUGAUACAGAGGCUUUUACUUUUUAGUUUUAUUUUAGCAAAAUGGAUUAUUGCUGAUAACUUGUCCCAUCGCCUGGCCGCUGAGAAAGAUUUUUAAAAAUUGGCCUUUGUCAAUUCUAUCAAUGAACUGUGUAGAUAAUAGUCUAUGCAUACAAAUUACACUUUGACAUGAUUACAGUGUCUAUGAAUUUACACGUUAAUGUAAAUUAGUUGUUGCCCUAUGACCAUAUGCUUGUUGUGUACGUUUGUGUGUCAUUCAAACCAGUGAUAUUAAAAAUAUUAAUAGUGAUUAUUACUUAUGUGCCAUACUAAAUCACUAUAGCUUGCUAUAUUUUGUUCUAAAGACACAAUUUCAUUACUCAGUUUCAUCUGUUUUGUGUCUCCUAAGACUGUCACAGGGCUUUUGGGUAAAAUUAAAUCAUUGUAGCCUAA